AUGGUGCGUGUGUUGGGGAGAUGCCGGUGUCUGUGGGAGGAGUCAGUGGCAGGGUCAGUGGGAGGGUCAGUGGGAGGGUCAGUGGGAGGGUCAGAGGCAGGGUCAGUGAGAGGAUCAGUGGCAGGGUCAGUGGCAGGGUCAGUGAGAGGGUCAGUGGCAGGGUCAGUGGCAGGGUCAGUGAGAGGGUCAGUGGCAGGGUCAGUGGCAGGGUCAGUGGCAGGGUCAGUGGCAGGGUCAGUGAGAGGGUCAGUGGCAGGGUCAGUGGCAGGGUCAGUGAGAGGGUCAGUGAGAGGGUCAGUGGGAGGGUCAGUGGCAGGGUCAGUGGCAGGGUCAGUGAGAGGGUCAGUGGGAGGGUCAGUGGCAGGGUCAGUGGCAGGGUCAGUGGCAGGGUCAGUGGCAGGGUCAGUGGCAGGGUCAGUGGCAGGGUCAGUGGGAGGGUCAGUGGCAGGGUCAGUGGCAGGGUCAGUGGCAGGGUCAGUGGGAGGGUCAGUGGCAGGGUCAGUGAGAGGGUCAGUGGGAGGGUCAGUGGCAGGGUCAGUGGCAGGGUCAGUGGGAGGGUCAGUGGGAGGGUCAGUGGGAGGGUCAGUGGCAGGGUCAGUGGGAGGGUCAGUGGCAGGGUCAGUGGCAGGGUCAGUGGCAGGGUCAGUGAGAGGGUCAGUGGGAGGGUCAGUGAGAGGGUCAGUGGGAGGGUCAGUGAGAGGGUCAGUGGGAGGGUCAGUGGCAGGGUCAGUGGCAGGGUCAGUGAGAGGGUCAGUGGGAGGGUCAGUGGCAGGGUCAGUGGCAGGGUCAGUGGGAGGGUCAGUGGCAGGGUCAGUGGCAGGGUCAGUGGGAGGGUCAGUGGCAGGGUCAGUGGCAGGGUCAGUGGGAGGGUCAGUGGCAGGGUCAGUGAGAGGGUCAGUGGCAGGGUCAGUGGCAGGGUCAGUGGGAGGGUCAGUGGGAGGGUCAGUGGCAGGGUCAGUGGCAGGGUCAGUGGGAGGGUCAGUGGCAGGGUCAUGGGAGGGUCAGUGGCAGGGUCAGUGGGAGGGUCAGUGGCAGGGUCAGUGGCAGGGUCAGUGGCAGGGUCAGUGA